AUGAAAAAGCCCCAAACAGAGUGGCGCUGCGCCGCCGUCCCUCCGCGGGCCUCCCGGGCCGCCCACCCCGCGGGCGCGCCUCUCUCCGCCGCGAGUGCAGCGCCGCCCGCCCGCCCGGCCCGGGGGACGGGGACCGGCUGCUCGCGAGCGCUCUCGCAGACUCCGGCACGGGGCGGAGGACGCGGUCGGCUCGCGGCCGCCCGGGGCUGUGCUUGGCUUCCCUCAGGCUCCGUGGCUGGUUCCCGGGCGGCGUGGGCAUCCCGCCUCGGAGCGGGCCGGCGGUGGGGAAGCGCCGAGGCGGCCCCCGCGCCCCGGGGCCGAGCCAGCGAGCGCAGGGCGGGCGGGCGGGCGGCGGCGGCGGCGGCGUCCGGCCGGGCUGGGAUGGGCGGCGCCGGGGGGCUCGGCGCGCGGCUGCUGCUGGCGCUGCUGGCCGCGGGGCUGCCCGCGCGCGCCUACAACCUGGAGCCCCGGCGCCCCGUGCGCUUCCAGGGCCCCGCCGGCUCCUUCUUCGGCUACGCCGUGCUCCAGCACAGCCACGACAGCACGCGCUGGGUCCUUGUGGGCGCACCAAAAGCAGAUUCCAAAUACAGCACUUCAGUGAGGUCGCCUGGGGCGGUGUUCAAGUGCCGCAUCCACACCAACCCUGACCGGAGGUGCACCGAACUGGACAUGGCUCGAGGGAGGAGUCGGGGCGCACCCUGUGGAAAGACCUGUCGGGAAGACCGUGAGGAUGAGUGGAUGGGAGUGAGCCUGGCCCGGCAGCCCAAGGCAGAUGGCCGUGUGCUGGCCUGUGCGCACCGCUGGAAGAAUAUCUACUAUGAAACCGACCACAUCCUGCCCCAUGGUUUCUGCUACAUCAUCCCAUCCAACCUCCAGGCCAAAGGCAGGACGCUGAUCCCUUGCUAUGAAGAGUACAAGAAGAAGUACGGUGAGGAACACGGCUCCUGCCAGGCCGGGAUAGCAAGCUUCUUCACCGAGGAGCUGGUGGUCAUGGGUGCCCCAGGCUCAUUUUAUUGGGCUGGGACGGUCAAAGUGCUGAAUCUCACGGACAACACGUAUUUUAAACUGAGCGACGAGGCGGUCAUGAAUAGGAGGUACACCUACCUGGGGUAUGCUGUGACCGCUGGCCACUUCUCUCACCCGUCGUCCACCGACGUGGUAGGAGGCGCCCCUCAGGAUGAAAGCGUUGGAAAGGUGUAUAUUUUUAGAGCUGACCGAAGAUCAGGCACCUUAGUUAAGAUUUUUCAGGCAUCAGGUAAAAAGAUGGGCUCUUAUUUCGGCUCCUCCUUGUGCGCAGUUGACUUGGACAAGGAUGGACUCUCCGACCUGCUCAUCGGGGCCCCCAUGUUUUCUGAGAUCAGAGACGAGGGGCAGGUCACCGUCUUCAUCAACAGAGGAAAUGGAGCCCUAGAGGAACAGGUGGCUCUGACCGGGGAUGGCGCCUACAACGCGCACUUUGGGGAGAGCAUCGCCAGCCUGGGUGAUCUUGAUGAUGAUGGGUUCCCAGAUGUGGCUAUUGGAGCACCCAAGGAGGAUGACUUUGCAGGCGCGGUCUAUAUCUAUCAUGGUGACGCCGAUGGCAUAGUCCCCCAGUACUCAAUGAAGCUGUCUGGGAGGAAGAUCAGCCCCAUUCUGCGGAUGUUUGGGCAGUCUAUAUCAGGAGGCAUCGACAUGGAUGGAAAUGGCUACCCCGAUGUCACCAUCGGAGCCUUCCUGUCCGACAGUGUGGUUCUUCUAAGGGCCAGACCCGUCAUCACGGUGGACGUCUCCAUCUUCCUCCCGGCCUCCAUCAACAUCACAGCGCCCCAGUGUCUCGAGGGACAGCAGCCUGUGAACUGCCUGAAUGUCACUGCCUGCUUCAGGUUCCACGGCAAACACGUUCCGGGAGAAAUUGGUCUGAAUUACGUUCUGACUGCUGAUGUUGCCCAGAAGGAGAAAGGCCAGCUACCCAGGGUCUACUUUGUGUUGCUGGGAGAGACUGCCGGCCAGGUUUCAGAGAAGCUGCACCUGGUCCACGCGGAGGAGACGUGUCGUCACUACAUGGCCCAUGUCAAGCGGAGGGUCCAGGAUGUCAUCAGCCCCAUUGUGUUUGAAGCUGCCUACAGCCUUGGGGUGCAUGUGACCGGCGAGGAAGACCGUGAGCUGCCCGCUCUGACCCCAGUGCUGCGCUGGAAGAAGGGACAAAAGAUAGCCCAGAAGAAUCAGACUGUUUUUGAGCGGAACUGCCGAUCCGAGGAUUGCGCGGCUGACCUGCAGCUCCAGGGUCGAGUGCUGCUCUCCAGUAUUGAUGAGAAAACCCCAUAUCUAGCUCUGGGGGCCGUAAAGAAUAUCUCUCUCAACAUCUCCAUCUCCAACCUCGGGGACGAUGCUUAUGAUGCCAACGUGUCCUUCAACGUUUCCCGAGAACUCUUCUUCAUCAACAUGUGGCAGAAGGAGGAUAUGGGCAUUUCCUGUGAGCUGCUGGAGUCAGACUUCCUCAAGUGCAGUGUGGGGUUUCCUUUCAUGAGGUCCAAGUCGAAGUACGAAUUCAGCGCCAUCUUUGACACAAGCCACCUGUCUGGGGAAGAGGACAUUCUCACGUUCAUUGUCACUGCUCAGAGCGGAAACGUGGAGCGCUCCGAAGCCCUGCAUGACAACACCCUCAUGUUGACGGUGCCCCUGAUGCACGAAGUGGACACAGCCAUCACUGGAAUCGUGUCUCCAGCGUCCUUUGUGUACGGCGACUCUGUGGACACAUCCAACUUCGUGCAGCUGGACGACGCGGAAUGUCACUUUCAGCCCCUCAACAUCACCCUUCAGGUGUACAACGCUGGCCCGAGCACGCUUCCGGGGCCCUCGGUCAGCAUCUCCUUCCCCAGUCGGCUGUCCCCAGGCGGCGCAGAGAUAUUCCAGGUCCAGGAGAUGGUGGUGAGCCAAGAGAAAGGAAACUGCUCUUUCCAGAAAAACCCAACCCCGUGCAUUAUCCCUCAAGAACAAGAGAACAUCUUCCACACCAUAUUUGCCUUUUUCACCAAGUCGGGAAGGAAAGUCUUGGACUGUGAGAAGCCAGGAAGCUCCUGCCUGACCAUGCACUGUAACCUCAGCGCUCUCCCGAAAGAAGAUAGCCGUACCAUCGACAUGUACCUGCUGCUGAACACGGAGAUCCUUAAGAAGGACAGUCCCUCUGUCAUCCAGUUCAUGGCGCGAGCCAAGGUGAAGGUGGAUCCUGCCCUACGGGUGGUGGAAAUAGCUGACGGGAACCCAGAGGAAGUGACGGUGGUCUUCGAGGCCCUGCACAACCUGGAGCCCCGGGGCUACGUCGUGGGAUGGAUCAUCGCCAUCAGUCUGCUGGUGGGAGUCCUCAUCUUCCUGCUGCUGGCUGUGCUGCUCUGGAGGCUGGGCUUCUUCCGCCGAAGGUACAAAGAAAUCAUCGAGGCUGAGAAGAACCGGAAAGAGAAUGAAGACAGUUGGGACUGGGUCCAGAAAAGCCAGUGACCUGCCACGCCAGUCAUGUGACCCCUCCCCCCACCACCAGCCUGUCUUUGUAUCUUCCAUAUUUGGAAGAAAAAAGAAAUCUUCUCCAGAUUUUUCGGAGGCCCCACUGAUGCUGUCCUCUUACUCACCCUGCCAAGCCCGGGUGCCAGCCCGACGCAGCCACUUCCAGCCAGGUCACAUGACUAGGGCCGGUCGCCACUUCCUUUUCAAGAUGUACUCUGAAGAGCUACAGAGCCGAGCAAUAUUUAUGGAUGCAACGUGCAUGGUCAACCCUCAGGGGAAAACUGUUACCUAAAAGUAUUUUUUUAUAAAUAUAAGCCUUUUAUAUUGAUCUUGUCUUUAUAUUUGUAUCGAUGUUUUAUGAUUUCUAUUAAAUAGUUCUAUAAUUCACUCAAGCACUGAAAUCUUGGAAAUACAUGUACCUGGAUACAAAUCUUAAAGGAUAGAAUCGUAUUGUACUUUGGAACUUGAUGUUUAAAAUUUAAAAAAAAUAAAAAGACUCAGAUAAAAUAA